AUGAAGACCCAAAGUUUAGUUUCAGGUUUAAUACUAUUAUUUUCUCUGUGGAGCGCUCGGUGCUUGAGUUAUUCUACCGACGGUACAAGCAAUGGGUAUAGCUACGAGAAGAGAUCUAGCAAGCCUGGAAGCACCUUCCUCGUCGGCGUGGGAAAAGCCGAUAUCACUGGCGCUGUCGUCCAGGUCCCCUUUGCAGGCUAUGGUCAGCUCAACCAGACAGGAACCGGUCUCCGCCAGAGAAUUUAUGCUCGGUCAUUUGUUUUUACUGAUCCUGUGAAUACCACCAAUUCUUUCAUUUACCUGGUACUCGAUACCCAAUCAGGGGAUACUGCUGUUCGACAUGGCAUUAUUCAAGGACUUCAAAGCCUGGGAGGGAAAUAUAGAAAUUAUGGAGAACAUAACGUCGCAGUUUGUGGCACACACCAGCACUCAGGGCCGGGUGGGUGGAUGAACUACUUGCUCCCCCAGAUAGCAACUCUCGGUUUUGAUAAGCAGACCUAUACGGCAAUUGUUGAGGGUGCUCUUCUUUCCAUCCAAAGAGCAUAUAACAGUCUUGCACCCAGCACGAUCAGCGUCGGUACUAUCGAUAUCCCGGACGGAAAUAUCAACCGCAGUCCAUAUUCGUACUUGGCAAAUCCGGCAACCGAACGAGCUCAGUACGAUUCUGAUACGGAUACAACAAUGACACUCCUGACAUUUGAUCGCCUCUCGGACGGUAAAACUACCGGAGUGUUGUCAUUCUUCUCUGUACAUGGCACGUCUCUCUACAACAACAACACGCUCGUCACUGGAGAUAAUAAGGGCGUGGCAGCCUAUCUCUUUGAGAGAGGUGUUACAAAUGACACUCGGUUCGCAAAUAAUUUUGUCGCUGGGUUUUCGCAGUCAAGUGUUGGAGACUCAAGCCCCAAUGUGUUGGGUCCAUUUUGUGAAGAUACAGGAUUACCCUGUGAUUUCAGAACCAGCACAUGCAAUGGUCGCACUGAGCUUUGUCAAGGGCGCGGUCCCUACUUUGGUGAAGCUGAUGGCGGAGCCAAGAGUGCAUUCGAGAUGGGCCGUCGUCAAUACAACGCCGCAUUUCAGCUAUAUGGGCAGAUAUCCUCCGGAUCAGGGGUAAUGCUCACUGGAGAAUCAUCAGUGGCUUCUUACCAUACGUGGCAAAACAUGUCUGGGUAUGAAUUUAUCUCUCCCUUCAAUGACAGUCUUCAAUCAACAUGUUACGCAGCCUUGGGUACUUCAUUUGCAGGUGGAACCAGUGAUGGACCAGGGGCGUUUGACUUCACUCAGAAUAAUACGUCCCCUAAUCCUUUUUGGCAGCUAGUACGGACUGGUCUUCACCAACCAGGGCCAGCACAAAUUCGAUGUCAAUAUCCAAAACAGAUCUUGUUUGAUGUCGGGGCUAUGGACGUACCAUAUGCCUGGGCUCCUGAUAUUGUUGAUGUUCAGGCCCUUCGUCUUGGCCAACUGCUUAUCAUAACUUCUCCAAGUGAGAUAACUACUAUGUCUGGACGUCGAUGGAAGAACGCCAUUGUGGACGCGGCCGAAAGCGUUCUAUCUAUCUCGGAUCCCAUCGUUGUUUUGGCAUCACCCGCAGACUCAUACGCACACUAUGUCACAACAGCGGAGGAAUACAACGUGCAGCGCUAUGAAGGGGCAUCCACUCUUUACGGACCCAACCAGCUAGCGGCAUAUGUGAACCUGAGUCUGACGUAUUUGCCGUAUUUGGGAACCCCAAAUGUCGUUGCACAAUUACCUAAACUUCCUGAAGGCACCAAGCCUCCGGUCACCACAGAUUAUUCUCUCUCGUUCGUUCCGGGCGUCGUCUUUGACAGCCCCAUACUUGGACAUUCGUUCGGAGAUGUCCUCUCUUCUUCGUCGAAAGAUUUCUACUCGGUGGGAGAUGAUGUUUCCGCCACCUUUGUUGGGGCAAAUCCGCGCAAUGACCUCCGCUUAGAAAAAACGUAUGCAGCAGUGGAAAUGAAUGUUGACGGUAUUUGGGAAGUUCUGCGCACUGACGCGGACUGGAACCUGAUCUUUCAAUGGAACCAAACAGACGUGCUGCUAGGUACGAGUCAAGUGAGCCUGACCUGGCAAAUUGAGGAUUCAUACUAUCUUUCAGGCUGGGGCAAGGCUCUACAAAGUGGGACUUAUCGGCUGCAUUAUUAUGGAGAUUCUAGAGAUCUGUCUGGGACUAUUUCCUCCAUUGAGGGAGUGGGACCCGAGUUUAGCCUUCGAAUCUAG